CUUGACAUUUCUGUUCAUUUCUGUAUAUUUACCGCACUCCCUGAGAACAGCCAUUUAAAGAUUUGAGGUAAUCACUGGAGUUCUUAAGAUUGUUUAACUGCGUUGUAGCGUGCCAAGACGCUAUCGCAGUAGGCAGGAUGCGUUGUCGAGACUGUAGGAGGAUUCGAUCCUGAUUUACGCGGACACAGCACAGUUGACAUGACCGAGUCGCCAGUACCGCCGCUGAGGCAGCGCGAGAUGAAUGCUAAGAAGUGGCUGAGAGGACACGUCACGAACUGGCCGCAGUGGUUACCGAGGAUUGCCAAAAACAGAGAUUCCACCAACCCAGACCUCACUGACGCCGCCAAACCUGAAGACUUGGAGAAAAGCAUCCUCAAAAUCCUAGAAUGCCCGGUGUGCAUGGAGUACAUGACACCUCCGAUAGUGUUCUGCCAGAAUGGACACAACAUUUGCAGCAGCUGCAGACCUAGCCUUGAGACGUGCCCGACUUGCAGACAUCCAAUUCUGCAGGCACGUAACUACUCUCUGGAGGACGUCUGCUACAAGCUUAACUACCCAUGCAAAUUCCACGAAGAAGGCUGUGAAGAAAUGUUCUCAGGGGAAUUUAUCAAGGAACACCAAGCCAUGUGCCAUCAUGGAACUCACCCCUGUCCAUUGGGCAGAAUUCCAGAAAUUGAUUGCGACUGGAACGGAAAGUUCGCGGAACUCGUCACACAUCUGGAAAGCCAACACGAAGACCGCAUCUGCUCAGACGCCAAAUUUCUUUCCCCUGAAACAAGUAGCUCUGCCUCCGUAGUCCUGGUGCACAACGAGAUAUUCAUCUUCUACAAGUGUUUUGGGGACAGUAAGUGUUGCUGCGUUGUGCAAAUUUUUGGCACCAGGGCUCAGGCAUCGGGCUUCAAGUAUAAAGUGAAGCUAAGUGCUGAGAACAAGAUAGAGAAGUUGUCACAGGUGAACCUGGUGCGUGGCAUCACUGAGGGGUUCGACGCGACGUUCAGAGCUGGACACUGCGUGAGGCUGGAUGCCGAUGUGGUCUCACGUUAUGUUGUGGACGGGAUGAUGGACCUUCAAGUGGAAGUGAGCUACACAAAAGCAAAGGAACUCGAUGCAGCUGAGCAGUGCAGGGUCAGGAACAGCGGAUUCCGAUCCGCAAUCUCCGGCCGCAGUUGCUGGCACUGGUGCAAGUGAAGGCGGUAGGGACCCAUCAUUUCAGAACCAAGAAAGACAGAGUUUCGCUAAAUAACAAUGCUAUUGCUCAAGUGUUUAAAAGUCUUGCUUUAUCGACCCUAACAUAGCCUGUAACUCUGUUAACUUUUACAAAUUAUUAUACGAAAAGUCGGCGAAGCAAUCAUCUGUAUUUGAUGCACCCCAGACAUCGAGGUUUUCUUCAGUCUCUCAAAGAAAAUACUGUAAUAAUGCCUUCAAAUACAAGUGUUACGUAUGUCACACCAUUUCCAAUU